CUUUCUUCUUCUUCAGUGGUGUGGCGCUAGGGAGAGGUUGGAGUAUCCUAGGCGCCAGUCCAGCAGACUCUCCUUGUUGAGGAAACGGGUGCAGUGGAUGACAAGCAGGGGUGAGCAGAUUUCACAUUCUGCAGAGAGGGUUUUGUAACUCAAAACAUGGCCACCUCUGUGGCGGCGGCCCGGGCAGCCUGUACCCCCUCGACCUCUGUGCGGCAGUCAGUCGUCAGCAGGCCGUCCACCAAGGUCACCUCGCAUAGCAGUGCAUUUCUGGGAUCAUGCCGGGGGUUUACGAAGCCAUCUGUCGGCCACAUUGAUAGGUCAAUGAGGCGGUUAACAAUAACUGCAGGCAAGUCGCCAGAUGAUGAUGCAACGAACGGGCGCUUUAUCCCCGCUACUCAUAGACAUCUGUAUGAGGGGGUCCAGAACCUCGGGCCGGACACCUGGAACUACAAGACGUGGUACCCCAAGCACGAGGACACGCUCAACACCAAGAAGAAGUGGUUCAUCGUGGAUGCACGCGACAAGGUGCUGGGCAGGCUGGCGUGCGCCAUUGCCAUCAAGAUCCGCGGCAAGGACUCGCGCUUCUUCACGCCCAGCAUGGACAUGGGCGCGUAUGUCAUUGUGAUCAACGCGGAUAAGGUGGUUGUGUCGGGAAAGAAGAACAGCCAGAAGCUGUACCGGCGGCACUCGGGGCGGCCAGGCGGCAUGCGUGUUGAGACGUUCGACCAGCUGCAGGACCGGAUCCCGGAGCGGAUUGUUGAGCACGCCGUGAGGGGGAUGUUGCCAAAGGGACGGCUCGGGCGCACGUUGUUCACUCACUUGAAAGUAUACACUGGCGACAAGCAUCCGCACACGGCACAGCAACCCGAGGAGUUGGUCAUCAAGGAUCCCUUGAUCACACGGAAUGCGCCUGACGCGGUUGCUGCCUAGAGUGUUGCACAAAUUCGAAAGUUUCUUGAAAUACAUGGUGGCAUAGCAACAUCAGGUACGGAAGUAGGUAACAAACUUCAUACAAAAGGGGUGGGCAAUUUCGAAGCGCGACAUCAGUGACUGACAAUCACUAUCAUCUGGUCAACGGCGACGGACACAGUGUUCUUUUCUAGCGCUCAAAUGUGCUGGCCGCGCAUGUGCUUAACAUGCUCGGAGAGCCAGGUAGGCUCUUUUGCAAACCGGCCUUGACUUGGCUGAGCACGUUCGAU